AAAAUUCCAAAUGAAAUUGAGAAUGUCUACCAAAAUUGAACUGAUGUCGCAUACAAGAAGUAGGGGUGCAAUUCAAACUGAUUUAAGUAGAAUAUAAAUUAGAAUCGAUAAUUUUGGUUUAUUCCAGUCAUGCUUUUGCAGCAGUGUUUCUGAACCACUGAGCCAGGGCCCGUGUUUGGCCAUGAGCGCCCCCUUAAGGGGUUGCCAAAAAAUCUGUUUCUUAGCUGUGGUCCCUACGGGCCGCAGCAAUACUCAGUUGUAAUGCACUUUUCCACCACUUGGGGCAGUAAUGACAAUAUCAAAACAGACGAAGUCCGCAACUAAAUUCAAAGAGAAGUUGCUGAAACGCAAAAAGUAUGACUAAAGUUGUGAAGCUGUCUUUACAUUUGCAGUUACAUUUUAUUGACAGUUUAUUUAAAAAACAUAGUUAUUAAUAAUUUAGAAUUUAUUCACUUUAGCUUCAAAUUUUUCAUCAGUUUUUAUGAGUCCCUUCUUUUGCAGGAUAUUUAUUUGGUACUUAUUUUUACAAUCAGCCUGACUUAAGCCUUGAUAAUUAACACAUGGUUUCAUAUCACUUGACAAGGUUUAUCCUGUUAAAUUGUAAGUGGGUUAAAUAUAUUAAAAUCACGAGUAAAAUUACUAUUUUAGUAUUAAUAUUUGAGUGGGUCCCGGGGCCCCUCUCUAGUGGAAAAGUUGAACCCCAAGGUAAAAACGGUUCGGAACCCCUGCUUUGCAGUAUGUUUUCCAUAUUUAAUAGAAAUAUUACUAUGAACCUCAUGUAUUGUACACAUAGAACUUUAUUUGAAUUACAACAAAUAUUUUUACUGACAAUUUGGAAAUAAAAGCAUAUGUUAUUAAUUUGAUGUAUUAUAUAACUUUCAAAUGAUGAAAAUGGUGUACGAAAUACUUCCUUUUAGAGAAUAGUUGACUAUCCAAGUAUUCACAAUGUAGGGAAUUUGUGUUUUACAGUUUGUGAAAUAUUUUAAUAAGCUGAACAUGAUUAUUUGGUUACUUGACUAUAAUCAAUGUAUCUGUAUGGAAUCCCAAAAUGUCUUAAACUGCAAAAUAUUACAAACAUUGUGACUUGUGACUCAGGUAUUGUUAAAGUCGAGUACUAAAACUGUCAACAUUGAUAUCCAAACAAACCAUAUUGUAUUACUGUCAUGUACUACAAUAACGGAAAAACAUUAUGGUAAUUGGUUUCUUAAUUCUGUCCAUAAAUAAGAAAACACAUUUCUGCCAAGGGGGAGUAGAGAGUGGGUGUGGCAGCACCCUGACUGUAUGUACAGUAUCCUAACAUUUGCUGAUAAAACAAACUGUUGUCACUUCUGGCAAACCGUUAGAGGAACUAGCAAUGGCCACAGUUCAUCUGUCACUUUUGCUGUUGUUGGUGUUUGAUUCUCUUUACAGCUCGGCACUCGGCGUCAUGAAUGCUUCAGAACCUUUCCUGCGGACCUUCUCUGGACACGUUCUGACAGAAGGAGACGCCGAGUACUUGGACCUGUCCGUGUUGGACGGCUAUGACGCAGGUUCUGGGUCCGAAUCCCAGCCGGAAGCUGUGAGAAGACAUCCGGGCCUUCACCCUCCUCAUCACAAGCGCUACUUUGUGUCGGAGGAGGUCAAGCGUUUCCUGCAGGGUUGCUUAUCCACGGCCUUCGUCCCUUCCGUCUACACCGUGGUCUUCGUCGUCAGCGUGCCUCUCAACCUGCUCGCCGCCGCCAUCUUCCUCCAUCCGGUCCGUCCCAGGAAGCCCGCGGUCAUCUACAUGUUGAACCUGGCCUCUGCAGACCUGCUCUUCGGCUUGCUCCUCCCCUUCAAGGUGGCCUAUCGUUACCAUGGCAACAACUGGACCUACGGCGCCUUCAUGUGCAGGGUGGUGACGGCCGCCUUCUACUGCAACAUGUACUGCUCGGUGCUGCUCAUGGCGUGCAUCGGCUUGGACCGCCUCCUGGCUGUCGUCUACCCCAUGAACUCGCUGACUUGGCGCAGCCCGCAGACGGCGUGGGCCGUGUGCGCCGCCAUGUGGCUGCUGGCCCUGGCCGGCGCGGCGCCUCUUUUAGCGACGGGUCAGACGGCGCACCUGCCCCAACUGCGCAUCACCACCUGCCACGACGUGCACGACGCAGUCGAACUCCAAUCAUAUUAUCGCUACUUCUUCCCCGUCUACUCGUCCGUGUUCUUCUUCAUCCCCCUUGUCCUCACCGCGGCGUGCUACGUGCGCAUCAUCCACGCCUUGGCGGCCGCCAACAUCGAGAACCGCUCCAAAAAGACUCGGGCGGUGGUGAUGGCGGCGAUCGUCCUGGUGGUGUUCGUGGUGUGCUUCACCCCCGCCAACGUGAUCCUUAUGAUCCACUACAUCGAUGUCGCGCACGCCUCCAGCGGCGACGCAUCCUAUCGGGCCUACCUGCUCGCCACGUGCGCGGGGAGCCUCAGCUGCUGCCUGGACCCGAUGCUUUACUACUUCGGUUCGUCUCAGUGCAGGAAGCGGGUGGUGGCGCUGUUUGGACGCCGGCGUCCGCAUCUGACGGCGAGCAGUGUGCGCACCGAGAGUACCAGAACCAGCAGGCGCAGGGACAGCAGCAGGCCGUGCAAGAUGGAGGUUGGUCAAAGUGGGUCUGGGGGUCAGACUCAGUACAGCAUGCUGGACACUUGACCAGGUUUAUUUGUGUCUCGGUGGGACAGCAAGGAACACAUUCAUUUACUGAAUAAAAUCGGUGUUGUUGCCUUUGUAACGU